CCUGCUGUCAACAUGGCCGGUGUUAUGUGUGCCAGAGUCCUCCUUCAGAGAUCCACACAGGGCCUCAUUUUCUCUUCCAGGGCAGCACCUGCUUUCUCAAGCCCAUUUCUGUCUCGUGGUCAUCGAUUGGGUCCCAGCGAUGAUGAGAUGUACCAGCGUACCUCAGUGUCCGUCAUGCAGAAGGAGCCCGACAGUGGGGUCAUGAUAAACAGCUACAGUUCCCGAGGAUUCAACAUCGAUGGCAACAGAGUGUUUGGGCCAUGCGCUGUGCUGCCUCCUGCUAUCUUGCAGUGGAAUGUUGGCAGUUAUAAAGAUAUCACAGAAGAAAGCGUGUCACUUUUCCAUAUGCUUGAACCAAGAAUAGAGAUUCUUGUGCUGGGCACAGGUGCACGAGUUGAAAGAAUUAACCCUUCAGUGUUGGCUCUGCUUAAGAAAAAAGGCAUCGCUGUAGAGGUGCAAGACACGCCAAAUGCAUGUGCAACCUUCAACUUCCUGAGUAGUGAGCGAAGAGUAACAGCUGCUGGUCUGAUCCCUCCACCAGUCAGCACCGCCCUGGAGGUGACAGAGGAAUAGCUGUUCUGAUGUGAACAGAAACUAAGACUCUUUCCUUCAGAUAGAGGUUACAGGUUCAGGAAUGAUUGAUGUUUGAAUGAUUUUUCUUCUGCACAAAGCUCCCAAAGAAACAAACAUAGAGAUAUCCAGCUCCAAUAUUUGGCUACAACUGUCAUUUUUAUUGAUUUGCUGCCAGUUUUAGAUCUUGUUCAAAUGUUUGAUAAUAGUCUCAUAUACUAAUGAUGUUGGCUCUCCUGCCACCAUUUCAAUAACUCAAUAUGUGGUUGUACAUAUCCAUAAGAGCAGUGUUAAAAUGUGUGUUUGGACAUUCAGGUGAAUGUAGUCAAGUGAGGAUACCAAUGAUGCAGAAUUCAACUGUAAUAAAGUGUAACUGUGUUUUUGUAUAUAAAUACAAGUGUAUAGAAUAUGUAU